CCCGAAGUUUCUCUUACGAAACAUUCAACCUUGUAUUACGGGGAACAUUGUGGGCUUCCGAUCGUCUGAGCAAAGGACGAGAAUUCUUGUCUUCCCCCAGAUGGAUUCAACGCAAACACCACCCCGGCUCUUACUCCGAAAGAACGGGCGGCCGCAGGCGUGUGAGCCGUGCCGAAAGCGCAAAGUUGCUUGCGAUCACGCGCAACCAAUAUGCAAUAGAUGCAGAAAGUCGAAGCGUCCCGGGGAGGUGUGCGAGUACAUCCUCGGUGACAGUCCAGCAACAUCAAGAGAAACUCCAAGGCAGACCCGGCCGCGAGAGCAACGUCGUGCUUCCAGAGCGCCGUCUAUUCCCCUGACUUCGAAUUUUCAGCCCACCGUCAUCCCGAUAUCGCAAUUAAGUCCAAGACCAACGGCGCUUUCGCGGACAGCAUCAACAGCAACGGCCACAACCUCGCCCGCGACAUCCACGACCCGGAACCGCCCCUCGAUCCCCGCAAGUCUCCCCACCAGCCCGGACUCGGCCGGCACGGCAGCCACUCCGGCCGUCACACCGGCGGUCCUCGGCAUCGGCUACCUCGGCUUCACCUCCUUCUGCGGCAUCUACGAAGAGACUCGCUCAAGUCUGAAGCAGCUCCAGCCCUCCAGCGCGGCGCCCAUCGGAGAGAUUGGGACCACGGCUUACUGCGGGCUCGAGUGCUCUCCGCCCCUGACGGCACAGGCGCUCGAAACAUGCCUGAUUAUCCUCCGCCACGUCCCGGACCGCGAGACGGGGCUCAAGCUGUUCGACAGCCACCUGAACCCGAGCGACGGGUGGAUCCGCCUGGCGGCAAAACACAUGAUGAUAUCGCUGUACGACACCUUUCCGCAGUACUUUCCCACCAGCGAACAGGGACAACGGCCAGAUGAUGCCCAGCUUACCGCACUCGCACGUACCAUCUGCGGAAACACCGCAAAGUGCGUGUCUGACGAGGAGUCGGACCCGGCCAAGUGGAUGGCGCAGUUCACCGGCACCAAUUUGCGAUGGGAGUCGUUGGGCGUGAUGUUUGCGUACUGGGAGCUGGCGGCUCGCUAUCUCGGACCGUACCGGCCGGACGUCGGCUCCCGGUUUCAGUGCGUAGAUGAAGGGACGAAGGUGGUCAUGCAGUAUCGGUAUUGCCUUGGUGCUUGCAUAGAGUUGACCAAGGCUGCCGGUAGCGGGGGAAAUACACUGCUCCUUUUCAUGUGUUCGAAGCGGACCAUCAUCGAAUCGCUCUUCUCGGGCGAUGCCAGCUUCGCUUGCUGGCAACUCCACGCGGAGACAGUAGCCCUAUCAACAUUCCUCGGCUUCCACGACGAAGUCGCAGCGGCGCCGGGGAUAGGCUACAAGCCGACCGUCUGCUCCGAGAUCAAGCGCAAACUCUUCUCCUACGUCUUCUACGUAGACAAGGUCCUGGCCUCGUUCGCCGGCCGCCCACCCCUCAUCAGCCGCCGGUACGCGCGCACUCCUCCUCCCCUGGACCUGAAGGACGACCACCUCCUCUCCGACGAAGCAUCGCUGGCGCGCCACGUGGCCGCGCUCGAUGAAAACGAGUGGAAUACCAAAGGCGAGCUUUACUCUGCCACCAUCGUCCGGGCCCGGGUGAUGCUGGCACAUAUCCGGGACGAAAUAUUCGAGAUCGCUCUCGGCCAGGGCUCCGUGACGUUGGUCGAGACGUUGUUAGAAAUCAAAGAACGACAACUUCGGACCGUCGCCGGGUUCCCUGAUAUUCUGACCCUGAAAGAAGAAGACGUGCAGAACAGGAAACUCGACAUCUCGUUGCUGUACACCCGACUUAUCAUCAAGCUGGAACACCUCCAAAACAUGUUCUUCAUCGAGCGUCUGCUCGCGAAAAGAGGCCACGACGACGGCGCCUUGCUGUCCGUCAGCUUCGAAAUGGUUUCCAAGACCCUCAUGUUCUGGACAAACAUGGAUCGUCUAUCUUGCAUGAACGGCGACUUUGAAUGGCUCGUACGUAUCCAAGACUCUGAACUACCUUGCCUCUUUCAACACCUUAUACCCUUGAAAACAAAACACAGAGAAAGACUUACAAAAUCACCAGGUAAUGGCCUACGCGGCGCCCGGAGGCGGCAUCCUCUGCAUGGAACUCCUAAAACCCACCCUCCAAGGCGGCCACCACCCGCAGAACCCCCAAGUCUCCCGCUCGAGCAUCAUCCAGAAGCUGAGCCUCCUCGUCGGCUUCCUGGACUGGGUCAGCCCCACGGCGCCCAACGGCGACCUCUGCGCCGACUGCAAGGUCAUCAUCCAGCGCGUCCUCGACCAGGCGCUCAACAGCCCCGCAGCGUCGGCCUCGUCUGCCGUCGACGGCGGGUUGUCCGCCGGGGUGAUGCUGGAUGUCCCCAUGGACUGGGAUUUCUCUACGCAGCUUGAUUUCAACUUUGAUUUGCUCGAUACGUUUGAUUGGUUGCGUCCCGAGGUGUCUUCGAGUCAACAGUCGUCGUAGUGGCUCCUUUGGGGGUGGAAGAGUUCGUGUUGGCUGUUGGAGCUUGCAUUCUGUUUUCCUCUUUCCACGUCUAUACCCAGGUUUUCACAUCUUAGCUAUUAUUGCAUCAACUACUAGAUGGCGUCGGAAUAUCUAUCUCCAGUCUUUCUCUAAUUCUACCUUAUUUCGAUGUCAUUCAGAGACAGAUUCGAGGGAAAUAGGGUCAGCUCAAUGCUACUCAACUAAGUGUUCUCCAUCAGGAAAGGACGUAAAUACAUAUUGCCGCCGUCUCGAAGUUGAAGGGAUAGAAUGCAUAAAGUAAAUUGACUGCCAUAAUCGGCCUUGAGGCUUUCA